AUGCGACGGAUAAUCUGUCUGUACUUAAUAGAAGGUAGCCGGUCUAGUUCACGAAGUUGCAAUAGUCCUUCUCCGUCCUGCGGAGGAUUUUCCUGCUCUGGAUCCUCUACAAAGACCACGAGUUGUUCCAAAGACUGCACAGUUGAUUGGGAGGGAUGGGGUGGAUGGAGCACAUGUGAAUGUGCGGAAGCAAAUUCAGUAGAAGGUAUUCGGACUAGAUCACGACAUUGCCCCAAUCCCUAUCCCUCCACCGGGGAAAGUCCCUGCCCUGGUGACUCUAAACAGACCGAGGGUUGUACCCUAACCGCCGAGGACUGUACAGUUGAUUGGGCGGAGUGGGGUCCUUGGAGCACAUGUCUCUGCGAGGAAGCAAAUUCAUCAGAAGGUACACGGUCCAGAUCCCGAACUUGCCCGAAUCCCUAUCCGUCCACCGGGGAAAGUCCCUGUCCUGGAGAUUCUAAUCGGACCGAGGGUUGUACUAAGAAUUGCACUUUUGCCGACUGUCUAACACUGAAUCCAGCAUGGAAUAUGACUAAUAUGUCGAUAGAUACUGACCUACCCAUCGAGAACGGGAUGGAAAUGGCUCUUAGUUGCCCGUCCCCCUACUUCCUGUCCGGAACGGGCGGAAGUAACGUAUCAACUUGUCAGAACGGAAUUUUGACAGCCAUAGAUAUACCUGCUUGCCUUAGAAUACCAUAUUGGAGUGGCUGGUACCAGAGUGAGGAUGGAAUAACAGACGCCCCACGAAAUAAGAGCCUAUGUACGAACCUCACUUUCAAUGAUGGUGAUAGGAAGACUUACUACAGUUGUGCUUACCUUCUAAGUAGAAUCUGUUACCACGAGGUUAAGGAGAGGUCUUGCAUUGGUCCUGCUGAAAAAGUAGAGAAGUGUUAUGAAUGGAUUUGUACAAAUUCAGGUUUUACUCAUGGUUAUGGUGCAAUUGUUCUGGUCUUGAUUGUGAAGUUUUUUGUACAGUAAUAUUAUACUAUAAGUAGUAGUAGUAAACCCGCGAUAGGGUGGCAUGUGCCUCGAUAAAAAUAUUACACACAUUUAUUAUUAUAUCAAUUUAUCAUUAAAUAAUUCAACAAUAUCAAUACCCCGAUUAGUAUUUCAAUUUAGAUUCAGAUUUUUAUAAUUAUAAUAAUAAUAUUAAUAUAAUCUUUUACUUCUUUAAAGCUCUUCUAAAAACGUACCUUUUUAAACAGUCCCUAGAUGAACUUGAAAAACUUUAUCGAUAGCUAUUUUUGUCUUAUCUGGUGAUAGAUCUUUGCAUAAUAUGUUUAAGUACCAUUUUCUAGCUUAAGUAUUGACAAUACAUUUUCAAGCAUUAGUUACUUUUCUUAACUUAGUAUUCUUGUUAUUUUCUUGGAUGACUAGUUUAAACACUGAGUAUAAGUUUUAUCUUAAAAGCGGUUUUAUUAAAUUUCAAUUUAUUAUUAUUAUUCUUUAGAUUUUGUUCGGCUAUCUUAUAGCCUGUUCGGCUUUUUAGGGCCAGCAUCAUGUAAACUAAGUGUAACUAUAUUUAUUUCCACCUAUUACUUCAUUUGAAUAACAUUUUAAU